AUGGCUGAUACAGAGAUGGACGUCGACGUACCUGCGUCUCCCAAUAACACCAACACCAAGAAUGCCUCUAUGGCGACACACGCUGGCGCGACAGCCGUCCGCUCAAUUGAAGGCUGGAUUGUAAUCGUUACAAACCUCCACGAAGAAGCCAGCGAGGAGGAUCUUACAGAUUUGUUUCGGGAGUUUGGUGAAAUCAAGAACUUGCACUUGAAUCUCGAUCGCAGAACUGGUUAUGUUAAGGGCUACGCAUUAAUCGAAUACGCGACACUCGAUGAGGCACGCGCCGCCAUUGACGGAGCUCAUCAGGAGAAACUCCUCGAACAGACCAUCGAGGUGGACUUCGCGUUCGUUCGACCUCCUCCAGGAAAAGCUAAAGGAAGACCACCACCAAAAGGCAGGGCUAGAAGUCGGAGUCGCAGUCCUGCAAGGAAAGAUGAGAUGGCAGAUUGA